AUGACGGUAGACGUGAAUACCGGGUCGCUCAGCACCCCCGGAGGUAUCUCUGACCCCGGCCUCAUCAAGCUCGUCAACAAGCUCCAGGAUGUCUUCACCACCGUCGGCGUCAACAACCCCAUCGAUCUCCCCCAAAUAGUAGUCGUCGGCAGUCAGUCCAGCGGAAAGAGUUCAGUACUAGAAAACAUUGUUGGUCGCGACUUUCUUCCUCGCGGCUCCGGUAUUGUCACCCGUCGUCCCCUCGUCCUCCAGCUUAUCAACCGGACAGCCACCCAGAACGGCUUCGGCAAUGAGCUCGACGAUAACACCGACAAGGCCGCCAACACGGACGAGUGGGGCGAGUUCCUUCACAUUCCCGGUCAAAAGUUCUACGACUUCAACAAGAUCCGCGAUGAGAUCAGCAGAGAGACCGAGGCCAAGGUCGGCCGCAAUGCCGGCAUCUCGCCCGCUCCCAUCAACCUGAGAAUCUACUCACCCAACGUUCUCAACCUCACCCUCGUCGAUCUUCCCGGUCUGACAAGAGUGCCCGUUGGCGACCAGCCGCGCGAUAUCGAGAAGCAGAUCAGGGACAUGAUCCUCAAGUAUAUCCAGAAGUCCAACGCCAUCAUCCUCGCCGUUACCGCUGCCAAUGUGGAUUUGGCCAACUCGGAUGGCUUGAAGCUGGCUCGUGAGGUGGAUCCCGAAGGUCAGCGCACCAUCGGUGUGCUUACAAAGGUCGACUUGAUGGACGAAGGUACCGAUGUCGUUGAUAUUCUCGCCGGUCGCAUCAUUCCCCUCAGGCUAGGAUACGUGCCCGUGGUGAACCGUGGCCAGAGGGAUAUCGACAACAAGAAGCCCAUCAACGCUUCGCUCGAGGCCGAGAAGAACUUCUUUGAGAACCACAAGGCGUAUCGUAAUAAGAGCUCAUACUGCGGCACGCCCUACCUUGCCCGGAAGCUCAACUUGAUCCUGAUGAUGCACAUCAAGCAGACCCUGCCCGACAUCAAGGCUCGCAUUUCCAGCUCGCUACAGAAGUAUACCCAGGAGCUCGAGUCCCUGGGGCCUUCGAUUCUCGGUAACAGCGCGAACAUUGUCCUUAACAUCAUCACCGAGUUCACCAACGAAUGGCGCACUGUUCUUGACGGUAAGAGCACCGAGCUCUCCAGCCAGGAGCUGUCGGGUGGCGCCAGAAUCAGCUUCGUCUUCCACGAGCUGUACUCGAACGGUGUCAAGGCAGUGGAUCCCUUCGAUCAGGUCAAGGACUCUGAUAUUCGCGUUAUCCUUUACAACUCCUCCGGUCCCUCGCCCGCUCUCUUCGUCGGAACCGCGGCCUUCGAGCUCAUCGUCAAGCAGCAGAUCAAGCGUCUUGAGGAGCCCAGUCUCAAAUGCGCCUCGCUCGUGUACGACGAGCUUGUCCGAAUCCUCACCACCGUGCUCAGCAAGCAACUAUACAGGCGCUACCCCGGCCUCAAGGAGAAGAUCCACCAAGUGGUCAUCUCCUUCUUCAAGAAGGCCAUGGAGCCCACCAACAAGCUGGUCAAGGACCUGGUCGCUAUGGAGGCGUGCUACAUCAACACGGGUCACCCCGACUUCCUCAACGGCCACAGGGCCAUGGCCAUCGUCAACGAGCGCCACAAUGGUUCCAGGCCAGUUCAGGUCGACCCCAAGACGGGCAAGCCGAUCCCGCAGAGCGCUACGCCCGCGCGAGCCGCUAGCCCCACCCUGGCCGGCAGCAACCUUGACGAGGGAGGGUCCAACGGUGGCUUCUUUGGUAGCUUCUUUGCCGCCAAGAACAAGAAGAAGGCGGCGGCCAUGGAGCCGCCCCCGCCAUCGCUGAAGGCCUCGGGUACUCUUUCUGAGCGCGAGAACAUUGAGGUGGAGGUCAUCAAGCUGCUCAUCCAGUCGUACUACAACAUUGUCAAGAGGACCAUGAUCGACAUGGUUCCCAAGGCUAUCAUGUUGAACCUUGUUCAACUCACAAAGGACGAAAUGCAAAAGGAGCUCCUCGAGAACAUGUACCGCGCCGACGAGCUCGACGACCUCCUCAAGGAGAGCGAUUACACGGUCCGCAGGAGGAAGGAGUGCCAGCAGAUGGUGGAGUCGCUGUCGAAGGCUAGCGAGAUUGUUAGCCAGGUACAGUAGGGUUAGUACUACGUUCGAGAAGACGAAGAGAGUUGUUUAUGACAUGACAGAUUAUUUAAGCAGCAGUUGAUAUACCAAAGCGAUGAAAGAGAGAAGAAGAUGAUGAUGGGGAAGAGAGUGUCAUUUGGUGGCACGUUUUUGUGUCUAGCUGUACAGAAAAUGUUUACGACUUGUGUCCAUG